CUAAAAAUGACCAGUAGAAGACUCGAGGAGUCUGUGGGGGCCGUACAGAUGGGGUUAGUCAGAAUGCUGAAAGGAUUCCAAAGCAAGGUUCUACCACCCUUGAGUCCAAGGGUGGUUACAAAAGAAGAAGCAAAUCGAAUGCUGACACCCUCAGAGUUCCUGAAGGAAAUGUCCCUCACCACAGAGCAGAGGCUGGCUAAUACACGUUUGAUGUGCCGACCACAGAUCAUCGAACUUUUAGAUAUGGGGGAAACAACGCAUCAAAAGUUUUCAGGAAUUGACCUGGAUCAGGCAUUAUUCCAGCCUUUUCCAUCAGAAAUUGUGUUUCAGAAUUAUACUCCCUGUGAAGUCUAUGAAGUUCCACUCAUUUUGAGGAAUAAUGACAAAAUUCCAAGGUUGGUUAAAGUUGUUGAGGAAAGUUCACCUUAUUUUAAAGUCAUCAGCCCCAAAGAUUCUGGCCACAAAGUUGCUCCAGGAGUGCCAUCCGUAUUCCGAAUCCUCUUCACUCCAGAGGAGAACAAGGAUUAUGCCCAUAUGUUGACCUGUAUAACUGAAAGAGAAAAGUUCAUUGUACCCAUCAAAGCUAGAGGUGCACGAGCCAUCCUAGAUUUUCCUGACAAGCUGGAUUUUUCCACUUGCCCUGUCAAAUACAGCACUCAGAAGAUUCUGCUGGUACGAAACAUUGGCAACAAAGAUGCUGUGUUUCACAUGAAAACUCAUAGGCCUUUCUCUGUGGAGCCACCUGCCGGAACCCUUAACAUGGGAGAGUCCAUGCAGCUGGAGGUGGAGUUUGAGCCACAGACUGUGGGCAGCCACAGUGAAAGACUUAUCGUGCAUUAUGACACAGGUGAAAAAGUCUUUUUAUCUCUGUAUGGAGCUGCCAUAGACAUGAAUAUAAGACUGGACAGGAAUUCCUUGAUCAUUGAGAAAACCUACAUAUCUCUGUCCAAUCAACGAACUGUGACUCUUCACAACCGCAGUAACAUCAUUGCCCAUUUCCAGUGGAAGAUAUUUGCUACCCAGGAAGAGGAAGACAGAGAAAAGUAUAGGGUCUGUGAUGAUCUGAGCGAAGAGGAAAAGAAUGAGACUGAUGAGCUUCUUGAAGAGUGCAUUAUUGAUCCUUCACUCCGAGGACAACUGUCCAUUCUGUGCCGCACCUUUGAGAAUCAGAGGAGGCUGGUUCAGGCAGACAGCAUGCUCUUCUUGAGUAACAUUUUCACUCUUGAGCCCCUGGAAGGUGAUGUCUGGCCUAACUCAUCAGCUGAAAUCAUGGUGUACUUUAAUCCUCUGGAAGCCAGGCUCUACCAGCAGACAGUUUACUGUGACAUUUCAGGCCGAGAGAUCCGUCUGCCCCUCCGAAUCAAAGGGGAAGGAAUGGGACCAAAGAUUCACUUCAACUUUGAAAUGCUGGACGUUGGAAAAGUUUUCACUGGAUCCGUACAUUGUUAUGAGGCAAUACUAUCCAACAAAGGCAGCAUUGAUGCCCUCUUCAACGUGAUCCCUCCAACUUCGGCUUUGGGGGCCUGCUUUGUUUUCAGCCCCAGGGAAGGCAUCAUCGAACCAAAUGGAGUCCAGGCGGUCCAGAUCUCUUUCAGUUCUGCCAUUUUGGGGCACUUUGAAGAAGUGUUCCUGGUCAAUGUCAGUGGGUCCCCUGAGCCUGUGAAAUUGACCAUUAGAGGCUGUGUCAUUGGACCUACCUUCCAUUUUAAUGUUCCUGCUCUGCACUUUGGUGAUGUUUCCUUUGGCUUCCCUCAUACCUUGAUGUGUUCCCUCAAUAAUACCUCCUUGGUCCCCAUGACCUUCCAACUGCGUGUCCCUGGGGAUGGUGAUGGCCACAAAAGCAUCUCAACUUGCGAUCAGUAUUCAGACUACAAAAGACCAUCUUGGAGCAAGGAUGAAAUACCCAUUAUGAAACCAAAAGAAUUCACCAUCACUCCCAGCAGUGGCACCAUCCGCCCCCAGGGAUUUGCCGCUAUCAGGGUGACCUUGUGCUCCAACACUGUGCAGAAAUAUGAGCUGGCGCUGGUGGUGGAUGUGGAGGGCAUCGGGGAAGAAGUGCUGGCGCUCCUAAUUACCGCAAGGUGUGUUGUACCUACCCUCCACAUGGUUAACCCAGAGGUGGACUUUGGGCACUGCUUCCUGAAGUACCCCUAUGAGAAAACAGUCCAGCUUGUCAAUCAUGAUGACCUCCCAGGGUGCUAUACAGUCCUGCCUCAGGUAUAUGGAGACACACCUGCCGUGUUACUCUCCAGUCCCAUGCCCUGUGGAGUCAUCCCUCCCCACAGCACUGUUCACAUACCUCUGGCCCUGGAGACCCAGGUCACUGGGGAAUAUAGGUCCACAGUUUACAUCUCGACCUUUGGGAGCCUGGACCCCCCUAUGGUAUGUCACAUAAAAAGCAUCGGAGAAGGCCCAGUUAUCUAUGUACAUCCCACUCAAGUUGAUUUUGGCAAUAUCUAUGUCCUAAAGGACUACCCGAGGAUUCUCAACCUAUCUAACCAGUCCUUCAUUCCUGCAUUAUUUCAAGCACGCAUGGCACACAAAAAGUCCCUGUGGACGAUUGAACCCAGUAAAGGCAUGGUUCCCCCGGAAACCGAUGUUCGGCUGACACUGACAGCCAACCUGAAUGACAUCCUGACCUUCAAAGACAUGGUCAUUUUGGACAUAGAAAAUAGCAACACUUACCGGAUUCCUGUCCAGGCUUCUGGAGUUGGCUCCACCAUCGUCUCAGAUAAGCCCUUUGCUCCAGAACUCAAUUUGGGAGCACAUUUUAGCCUGGACACCUAUUAUUACCGCUUCAAGUUGACCAACAAAGGACGUCGGGUCCAACAGUUGUUCUGGAUGAACAAAGAUUUCUGUCCACAGGACAAGCUGAGCAAGAAGGGCCUGACUAAGAAGGGUCUUGCUAAGAGCCAGCCCCAACCCCAGUGCUCCCAGGAACCCAGGGCUCCUCCAGGCCCCGUGUUUCAGCUCCAUCCCGUCAGAAUGGAGCUGUUCCCAGACCAAACGAUCGAUGUGAUACUCGAAGGCUAUUCUGCUACUCCCAGGAGAGUCAAAGAAAAGCUGGUGUGCCAUGCCAUGAUCGGGGCGCAAAAGGGGAAGAGCUUGGUGAUGACUGUGAAUAUCCUCUGUGAGUUCAUAGCACCACUCAUCCAGCUGUCCACCAAACAGCUCAUAUACCGACUGGAGAAGAAACCUAACACUAUCCUGGAACCUGAUUACCAGCCCUUGGUCAUGAAGAACAUUUCCACCCUGCCCGUGAAUGUGUUACUCUCAACAAGCGGACCCUUCUUUAUCUGCGAGACUGAUAAAUCUCCCCUGCCAUUAACUCCGGAGCCUAUUAAACUGGAGAUUGAUGGAGAAAAAAACUUGCUGGUCAAAUUUGACCCUUCCUACAGAAAUGAUUUGAACAACUGGGUGGCAGAAGAAAUUCUAGCGAUCAAGUACAUGGAGCACCCUCAAGUAGAUAGCCUGAACCUGCGUGGAGAAGUGAACUACCCCAACCUCAGCUUUGAGACCAUGGAGCUGGAUUUUGGCUGUAUCCUGAAUGAUACCGAGGUGAUCCGAUACAUAACAAUGACCAACUGCAGCCCCUUGGUGGUGAAGUUCCGCUGGUUCUUCCUGGUGGACAACGAGGAAAAUCAGAUAAGGUUCGUGUCAUGGCCAAGGAAGGCCUACAGUGCCCCGCUGUCCCAGGUGGAGUCCAUCCCAGUAACCUCCGCUUCUGCCAGCUCACCAGCGGUGCCAGCGAUAGAGUCCCCCAAGAUGGAUCUAAAUGAUUUCGUUAAGACUGUCUUCACGGAUGAAGAUGUUGGGUGCGAAGAAAGAGAGUACAAGAAAGUACAAGUGCCCACCGUGGUCAUCUCAGAUGAACGGUUUCCUCUCCACAGCGUGGCUUGGCAAGUCGAGGGCCCUUCCUCUAAAACAAAAACAGAGGCAGGAGCAAUGGGAUUAAAACUUAACUCUGCUGAAACGGAAAAAACAGACCCAAAUCUGAGCCAGGUGGAGUUUCAGGAACCCCCAUGGAUUUUUGAGCGAGAAGAAAUGCUUUCCAUGGGGAUAGAAGAAGUGUUUGAUAUUCUGCCCCUCUACGGAGUGCUGCGGCCGCACAGUAGCCACCAGAUAUCCUUCACCUUCUAUGGACACUGUGAUAUCAUUGCACAGGCUAAAGCCCUGUGCGAAGUGGAGGGAGGGCCCACCUAUGAGAUAAUGCUGAGGGGAGAGGCAUCCCUGGUCAACUAUUCCUUUGACACCAAGGAUAUUAACUAUGGAUUGCAGCUGUUCAACCACGUCACAGAGAAUGAGAUCACACUGAGGAACACUGGGAAAGUUGGCUUUGAGUUCAAGGUUCUGACUGACCACCUGUCUUCACCAGACCACCUUCUGCCGGGAGUGCCCCUAAUCCUGCCCCUCUCGGGUUUUAUCAGUUCACAUCAAGAGCAGGUGUUGAAGGUGUACUACUUACCUGGAGUACCUGAGGUCUUUCAGAGGAGUUUCCGGAUACAGAUUGCCCACCUGGACCCAGAAAAUAUCACUCUGCGUGGAGAGGGUAUCUUUCCCCGAAUCUGCCUCGAUCUCCCCAGGAAACUCCACGGAAAUGAAAAGUAUGAAACCUUUUUAAAUCAAGCCAGAAAAAACCUGGAAAAAGAACACAACAAAUAUGAAACACUCAUUCACUUAGAGACAACUGAGGAAAUGCCUGAGGAUGAAUCUUCUGAGUUAAGUCCUCAGCUCCAGAUGGAGGUAGAGCGACUUAUAGUCCAAGGCUAUGCCACAGAACAUCAGAAAACAAUUAUCCCCGAUUCCACAGAUGACUUUAGCCAUCGGAGUCAUUGCAAACUAGCCAAAGUCCAGCUGCCAGAGUAUAUCCUGGACUUUGGCUACAUCAUCCUUGGUGACGUCCGAACACACAUCAUCAAGAUCACCAACACCAGUCACUUCCCAGUGUCCUUCCACGCGGAAAAGCGCGUCCUUCAUGACACAGGCUUCAGUACUGAGUUAGAUCGUGUAAAGAAUCUGCCUUACUGUGAGACGGAAACAUUUGAAGUGAAAUUUGACCCACAAGGGGCCAGUCUUCCUGUUGGAAACAAAGAGGUCAUUUUGCCCAUCAAGGUGGUUGGAGGGCCAACAAUUCACAUCUGUCUCCAAGCCAAGGUGACCAUUCCCACUAUGACACUGUCUUGUGGAAAAGUGGAGUUUGCCACAAUUCAGUGUGGACAGUGCCUCGUGGAAACUGUUCAGCUUUCUAAUCCUCUCCAAGUCCCUUGUGAAUGGUUCGUCCACAGCCACAAGCCAGUUAACAAGCUGGAGAAACACAUGCCUAAAUACUUAAGACAGAAACUACAUGCUGAAUCAAAGCCAAAGACACGCAUCUUUGAGAUCCAGCCCAUGUCUGGGGUCUUGGAUCCUGGGGAGAGGUCCAACGUGCAAGUUAAAUUCAUGCCUAAAGAAGAGAAAUUCUACAGCCAAACCCUGGUGUUCCAGAUUGCCCAGAGUGCUCAGAAGCUUACGCUGCUGGCACAGGGGCAAGGUUUAGAGCCACGCUUGGAAUUUAGUCCUUCGGUUCUGGAGCUGGGGCCGCUGCUGCCAUAUGCACCGGGAGACGAGGCUGAGGUGGUGGUGAAGAAUCCCUGCAGCUUUCCCAUUGAGUUUUACUCCUUAGAAUUUGACCAGCAGUAUCUCUUAGAAGCGAAGAUCUUGAGAACGUUGAAGGGCUACGAUCCCUACAACACCCUGCUGCUGCCUCCCCGCCUUCCUGGGGAAAAGCUGCCCCCAGAGCUGUACAAGUACUUUAAGGAGAUGAAGCGGUCAAAAGAGGAGCAGAUGAAGGCAAAGCAUCUGGAGAGUCUGGUCCAGGAAAACGAAGAGGAAGAUGGGCCCUCAUCAGAUCUGGGAACCUCGGCCAGUACGAAGAGGACCUCACUGAGCCGAGGGAUCUCGGUCACAUCCAACCUGGAAGAGCGGCACCUCCCUAUGAUGGAGUCCAAGAUCUACCCAGAUGAAGAGGAAGAUAAGGAGAGCCUGGAAAAAAUAAUGUUUCAAACUGACAAGUUACAGAGCAUUGACAGCCACUCCACAGAAGAAGUUGGAGAAGUAGAGAACAACCCAGUAAGCAAGGCGAUCGCUCGCCACCUGGGCAUUGAUAUUUCUGCAGAAGGCCGCAUGGCCAAGAACAGGAAAGGCAUCGCCAUCAUCGUCCAUGGGACGCCCUUGUCCGGAAAGACGGCCACUGCAGUCAGCAUGGCCAAAUACUACAAUGCAGCCUGCUUGAACAUUGACUCCAUCGUGCUGGAAGCCAUCUCCGAUGGCAACAACAUCCCGGGGAUCCGGGCCCGGGAGCUCUGCAUCAGGGCUGCCAUAGAGCAGUCCAUAAAGGAAGGAGAAGAGUCUGCCCAGGAGGCUGCUUCGGGCCAAACUGCUGUGGGACAAAUUCGUCUGAGCAGUGAGACCCUGGGCAAGUUGACCUCAGAAUCCACCCUGGUAACGCCUGAAUUUAAACCUACAAAGACUAUGCGCGGGAGCAUGAUGAUCGCCAAAAGCAAGACGGAGAGCCACGGCUCCGGGUCUCAGAAGCAGCAUCACCAGCAUGCGUCUGAAACACCGCAGGUUUCCUCCAGCCCCCUCCUUACGGGGCCCACGCAGCGCCAGCUCAGCGUCAGCCCCAGUAUCGGAGGUGAGACCGGGCUCAUGAGCUGUGUGCUCCCUGAGGACCUACUCACCCAGAUCCUGGCUGAGCGCAUCCAGCUGAGUGACUGCUUCCGGGGAGUGGUGUUUGACAGCCUCGAGACACUCUUCGCUCGGAACAUAGCCGUGGCUCUCCUCUGCCUGCUGAAGGCCAUCGGCAACCGGGACCACAUCUACGUCGUCAACAUGGCCCAGGAUUACACAGCCAUGAAGGCCCAGGAGAAAGCCAAGAAGGAGCAAGAAGAGUACAAACGCAGGGAGGCACUUGAGAAAGAGAAGGAGCGUCUCCAAAAUAUGGAUGAAGAAGAAUACGACGCCAUGACAGAGGAGGAGAAGAUCCUGUUCAGUCGAGAGGUUCGGCAGGCCCUCCGUGAGAGGAAAAAGAGGGAGCUGGAGAGGCUGACAAGGGAGAUGCGUGAGAAGAAGCUACAGCAGGAGCUCGAGCGGCAAAGGGACGAAGAUGAGCUAAAACGGAAGGUCAAAAGGCCAAAGCAAGGACCAGUGAAGGAGGAGCCUCUCCCGAAGAAAUCUCAAACAAACCGGCAGGUUCUUACUUUUUCCAAACUAGAGGUCAGGAUGGAUGCACUAGAAAGGAAAGUAUCUGUUAGGGACCAUUUAAAUGAGAAGGAUGAUCUAAGCAAGAGGAGAAAGAACCAACUAGGAGGUAGCCACGUGCUGGGGUUUCCCCUUGUCCAGGAACAGGAGGACAGCGAAGGGGACCUCCUGACGGAUGCCGACAAGCGCUUGGCCCAGAAGUGGAAGACCUAUGAGUUGACUCUGAAGGAUAUCCAGAACAUCCUCACGAACUGGGACCGAAAGCAAGGCGUCCUGCUGCAUCACACUGGCGCCGAGGACAUGCCCCAUGAGCCUGACGACCAGCGCCAGGUUCCGUCAGGCGGGCCAGGCGGGCGCCGAGGCCGCAAGGACCGAGAGAGGGAGCGUGCGGAGAAGGAGAGAGCCGAGAAGGAGCGCCAGGAGCGGGAGAAGGCCGAGAGGGAGCGUCUAGAGAAGCUCAGGGCACUGGAGGAGCGGAGCGAUGGCGGAGAGGGGGACGGAGGGGAGGAGGACCACCACGAGGGGAAGAAGGAUCUGGGUGUGCCAUUCACCACCAUCCAGACGCCCGACUUCGAAGGCUUGAGCUGGAAGCAGGCCCUUGAGAAUGACAGGCUUCCCAAAGGGGAUCAGAUCCUGGACAUCUUGGGUCUGGGUUCCUCUGGACCACCCAUCCCACCUCCUGCCUUAUUCUCAAUCAUCUCCUACCCCCUGAAGCGGCUGCCUUUGACCACAACAGAAAUCCUGAAGCAUUUCGUGUUUGUGACCCCCCCAUCCCAAGAGCUCUCCCGACUGGAGGAGAAAAGAGAAGGAGAAGCAGAAACAGAGCUUUCAGGCACCGUAGGCUCCAGGAAGACCCAGGAGGAGCAGACCACCUCCUCUAAGGGGAGCAGACAGAAACUGAAGGAAAAAGCGGAUCAGGCCCGAGACACUCAGAAGGACAAACGUCGCAUGGCCUUCAGCAGGAAGGGCCUUUCUGGGGGAACAGCCAGAGCCAUUGCCCCCCUGUCGGACAUGGACCAGAACAACUUCGCUGGGCAGUUCUCCCAGGAGAAAUUCAUCAGGCUGAAUCAUUUCCGGUGGAUCGUGCCAGCCAACGGUGAGGUGACACUGCGAAUACAUUUCUCUUCCAAUGAACUCGGGAACUUUGACCAGACGUUUAACUUCGAGAUCCUUGGAACUCACCGCCAGUACCAGCUCUAUUGCCGAGGUGUCUGCAGUUACCCUUACAUUUGCCAAGAUCCAAAAGUGGUAUUUACUCAGCGGAAGAUGGACAUAAAGCAAAAUGAGAUCAUCUUUAAGAAGUAUAUUAUGAGCAUGGAGAAGUUUUACUUCGGGCCACUGCUCUGUGGAAAAUCAAGAGAUAAGUACAAGUCCUCCUUGUUCCCAGGCAACAUGGAGACACUGACCAUCCUGAACAAUUCCCCAAUGGUUGUGGAGGCAUUCUUCUGUUUUCAGAAUGAUGUCAAAGCAAGCACCUAUUUCCUGGAGCCCGUCAACAUGACUCUAAAACCCAAUGAGAAGCAGAUGCUGAACGUAUGGGCCUACCCUACCGCAGUUGGUGUCUUUGAUGACUGCAUUGUCUGCUGCAUCAAGGAGAACCCAGAGCCAGCUGUCUUCAAGUUAACCUGCCAAGGUGUUCGCCCAGAACUGGAGCUGGACUCCAAACAAUUGCAUUUUGACCGGCUCUUGUUGCACAGGAAAGACUCCAAGGUAGUUCUUCUCCACAAUGUCACACCCCUGCCCGUGGCCUGGCGGAUCACCAGCCUGGAGCACUUGGGCGAUGACUUCACCGUGUCCACCAUGCAGGGGACCAUCCCGCCCAAGGCUGAAUACAGCCUGCAAGUGCACUUCCAGCCCUCCAAACCUGUCAACAUAAAGAAGGUGAUCCGGUUGGAGGUUCUAGAUGCAGACAAUCUCAUUGGUGUUGUUCAGAUUGAAAACAUCUUGGUCUUUGCAGAGUCUUACGACGUCGCCUUGGACAUCACCUUCCCCAAAGGAGCUGAAGGAGGCCUUGAUUUUGGGGUCAUGAAGGUCAUGGAAGAGGCAAAGCAGCCCCUGCAACUGAAGAACCGUGGGAAGUACGAGAUCAUGUUCAGCUUUUCUGUGGACUCCUUAGGGAUUUUGGCAACCAAUGUAAAUUCUAUGAUCUCAGUCCAACCCAAGAAGGGCUCAUUAACCUCAACGGAAAAGCCCACAACUGUCCAGGUGUUAUUUCGUGCUAAAAAGGAAGUGAAGAUUGAGCACCAGCCAGUUCUUCGCUGUCAGAUUAUUGAGCCCAAUAUCACAGAAGGAGGUGAAAUCAUUGCCAGCAUCCCAAUUAAGUUUUCUGUGAAUGCAGUGUACUCCAAAUACAACAUCAGCCCCUCCUCCAUCAUCAACUUUGGGGCUUUGAUCUGUGGCACUCGGAAAAGCACCACCUUCACCAUAGAAAAUCAAGGUGUUACUGACUUCAAGUACGCCCUCUAUAGGCUGACCGGGGAGAGCCCCAUUCAUCAAAAGAAAGCAGUCAGCCAUGUUAGACGUGCAAGAUCCCGGGAAAGUGAGAGCUUCUACAAAGCUAGCCCUUCCAAAGCAACUAAGUUCUCUGAUGCUGUUCAGAAAGAAGUAAACAUCACAAACCAGGUGCGCUUCACCCACGGCAUGUUCACCGUGUACCCUGGGUUUGGCUCUGUCCCCUCUGGAGGAACGCAGGUCAUCACUGUCGACUGUGUGGCUGACCCCGUGGGAAGGUGUGAGGAAUUCAUAGCAAUCGAUAUAUCUGACCGAGACCCAAGAGACCAGCCUGCGGGCAUUCCUUACACCUUGCUGGCUGAAGCCUGUCUACCAGCCUUUGUGACUGACAACAAUGCCUUGAUAUUUGAAGAGCACCAGAUUUGUAGCAGCACCACUCUGCUCAACAUCCUACAGACCAUAGAGAGUGGGGGGCUCUUUGUGGAGGAUGAGAAGAAGUUCAUCUUCUGCAAUGUCCUGGUGGGUCAUCAGGCCAAGGCUCGGUUCAAGAUCAGCAACGUGGGAAAGAUUGCCUGUGAUGUGAACAUCGUAGUUAAGCCCAUCUCCAACAAGCUCAUUGCCCGAAUCACUGACAUUUUUGACGUGGAACCUAAUAAGAUGUGUGUUGCCAGCCGCUCGCAUGCCUUUGCCACGGUGACCUUCACCCCGCAGACCAUGCAUACCUACCAGUGUAUCUUCGAGGCUACGUUGGAUGGCUUGCCUAGCAACCUGACCAGGAACCGAAGCCUCGUGUUUGAUAUCGUCGGGGAAGGGAACCUCCCUCGGGUGACCAUAGUGCGGCCGGUUCUCUGCAACCAGUAUGGAAACCCCUUGCUCCUCUUCAAGAGGCUUCUGGUUGGUCAGUCAGAGAAGCUGCCUCUCAUCCUCAAGAACAAUGGCACCAUCCCCGCCCAGCUGCAUGUUGAUCUGAGGGACCAACUAGGCGUCUUUUCCCUGAAAGGGACCCCCGCUACCUCCUACAUCUACAUCACAGAGGAGAACAAACCACAUGCAAAAGCAAAGAAAGCUCACACGGCCUCCCUGGUUGUUCCUCCUGGAAACACAGCUGGAUUCGAUGUCGUUUUCCAAUCCAAGAAGGUUGGGAGAAUGGCAGGCACCAUCCACUUGUCAGUGAUCAACAACCAGUAUGAGGAGACAAUCAUCCACAUGGUGGGAGAGGGUUACGAGGAUGACAUCACCUUGGGCAACAUCCAUGGGCUGGUGGUUUCCAGCAGCCCUGAGGCCCCAGAGAUCUCUGAGAUCAUUGAGGAAAAUACUAUGGAAGACUUGGUAGCAGCUGCACUGGUGGACCACAUCCAGUUUGGGGACUGCCACAUUGGAAACAGCUAUAACGUGAGUUUCACAAUCACAAACCACAGCCAAGUGAACGUGAUACGGUUUGAAUGGCCCCCUGUAUCUACAGUUUCCUUUUCCCCACAGAUUGGCCACCUCCACCCUGGGUGUGCCAAGGACAUAGUGGUGACCAUGAAGUCAGACGUGCCCAUCAAUCUGAAGAAGAUGGGGGCCAAGUGCAAGCUGUCCAGGAUCAUGUUUCAGCUCCCUGCAGACCAGAUCCCUGACUGGGAUGACCGCAUGCGCACGGUCAAGUGGGUGGAUGUGCUCAGAAACCCACGUGGGACUUUGACUACAAAACGAAAGGUGAUAGAGACAGACCCUGAGCCCACCCAUUCUGUAGUAGAAGAGAACUAUCGAGAACUUCCUCUUCAGAUCAGUGCCAAUGUGAAUUACGCUUCGUAUGGAUGCCAAACAAGCAACGUGCACUUUAAAGAAACGCUGGUUUACCAGACCCGAGUGUUUGAGUUUGAACUGAUUAAUUCAGGAAAUGUGCAGCUGGAAUUCAACUGGGUCUCAGAAGAGACUGCAAAGGCUGUCAGUUUUGCAAUGCCAGAUAACCAAGGUUCGUCUCAAAAAGACCAACUUAGCCAGGGCACACUGCACACAGUCAGCACCCUGGACAGUGCCAUCGACCACUGGAACGACGUUUCCCUGCCACCCUUCUCUGUGGAGCCCUCCUCAGGCACUGUGCCUGCCGGGAAGACUCAGAAGCUCAAAGUGAAAUUCUCCCCGCUGGAGGUUGGAGACUUCGAGGGCAAUCUUUUCUGCCAGAUUCCCAACUUGCCGCCUGGAGAGCAAGGUCCAGUCCUAUCGACAAAAGGGCGGAGCUUCUUGCCCUUCUGCCAUUUUGACCUGAAACACUCCGACUACAUCAGCGGUCAUCGGCGCAACCCAGAUCUCCGAGGGCCUAGUGGUGGGGCUCUGGACUCAAACACCCGGGUGAUUGAGUUCACCAGUGUGGGCAUAGGAGGGAAGAGCCUUCGGACUUUUACAAUCCUGAACCCCACUAAUAGCACUUACACCUUCUGCUGGAUCUCCGAAGAAACUGAAAGUCUCCAGAACCCUCCAGCCUUCACAUGCCUUACAGAGAAGGGCUUUGUCCACCCAGAAAAGAAAGCUGAGAUUAUCUUCCAGUUCACACCUUUCCAUCUGGACAUCACAGAAGCAUUCUGGACUUUCUUAAUCCCCGAACACAACAUCACCGUCCCUUUCCUACUGGUAGGCAAAGCCACCGAUCCUCUCAUCAAUCUGGACAAGUCACACCUCAACUUCAGUUGUCUCCUCAUUGGCAGAGAAGCCAGGGAGACUGUGCAUAUCAUCAACAAGGAGGAGCAGGGGUUCCAUUUUGCCUUCCAGGACAACUCCCGAUAUUCUGAAGGUUUCAGCAACAGCCUGGUGAUAUGUCCCAUGGAAGGCUGGAUCCCACCACUGUCCAGGUUCCCAGUGGACAUUUUCUUCACACCAAAGCAGGAAGGAGAUGUGAACUUUAAUUUGAUCUGCAACGUGAAAAAGAAAGCCCACCCUCUGACUUUAAAUGUCAAGGCUGAGGGAUACACUAUGAACGCAGAGGUUAAAUGCAAGGACAGGACUGGCUUGAUCACUCUCCUGACUCCUAAAGAGACUAACAUUAUCAACUUCUAUGAGGUAGAGCUGAACGAAUGUGUUCAGUGUGAACUCAGCUUUAUCAACACUGGAAAGUUCAACUUCAGCUUCCAGGCAGAGUUAUCUGGCCCCAAAGCCCUGCUGCAGUACUUGGAAUUUUCCCCCAUUGAUGGCAGUGUGGAUGUGGGACAAAGUGCACAUGCCUUCUUGUCUUUCCAGCCAUUUAAGAAGUGUGUCUUGAAGGGCCUGGAACUCAGAAUCAAGAUCAGCCACGGCCCUACAUUUCUGUGCAGCAUCUCAGGCUGCGCUGUGAGCCCAGCUGUUCAUUUCUCCUUCACCAGCUACAACUUUGGGACCUGCUUCAUCUACCAAGCUGGGAUGCCCCCAUACAAACAAAUCCUGGUUGUCACCAACAAGGAAGAAACGUCUAUGAGCUUAGACUGUCUGUACACCAAUACCACGUACCUCGAGGUGAACUUCCGUGUCGAUGUGAUAAAGCCGGGAAAGACACUGGAGAUUCCAAUCACCUUUUAUCCUCGAGAAAGUAUCCAAUACCGAGAACUCAUCCCCUUUGAAAUCAAUGGGCUCUCACAACAAAUAAUUGAAAUCAAAGGGAAAGGCACUGAAAUGAAGAUUUCAGUCCUGGAUCCAGCCAACAGGACUGUGAAGUUAGGAGCUGUCCUGCCGGGACAGGUUGUGAAAAAAACGGUUUCCAUCAUGAACACCAGCCACACCCAGCUCACAUUCAGCCUGUCAGUCCUGUUCUCAAUUCCAGAACUCCAGGAACCAAAGGUCAUCACCCUGAUACCAUUCCACAACAUCACUCUGAAGCCCAAAGAGGUCUGUAAGCUGGAAGUCAUCUUUGCCCCAAAGAAGCGCAUCCCUCCCUUCUCCGAGGAGGUGUUCAUGGAAUGUAUGGGGCUCCUGCGUCCCCUCUUCCUCCUCAGCGGCUGCUGCCAGGCCCUGGAGAUCUCCCUGGACCAGGAGCAUCUCCCCUUUGGACCAGUCGUGUAUCAGACACAAGCCACGCGUCGCAUCCUUAUGUUGAACACGGGUGACAUGGGUGCAAGGUUUAAAUGGGAUGUCAAAAAAUUUGAGCCUCAUUUCUCCAUCAGCCCAGAAGAAGGCUAUAUCACUGUGGGCAUGGAGGUUUCGUUCAAAGUGACCUACCAUCCCACUGAAGUGGGCAAGGAGAGUCUCUAUAAAAACUUGCUCUGCUUCAUCCAGGGAGGCAAUCCCUUGAGCCUGACCCUAUCUGGAGUCUGCGUGGGACCACCUGCAGUAAAAGAGGUGGUAAACUUCACCUGCCAGGUGCGCUCCAAGCACACGCAGACCAUCUUGCUUUCAAACCGCACCAACCAGACCUGGAACCUGCACCCCAUCUUUGAGGGCGAGCACUGGGAGGGGCCGGAGUUCAUUACCCUGGAGCCCCAUCAGCAAAACAAGCCCUAUGAGAUCACCUACAGACCCCGCACCAUGAACUUGGAGAACCGCAAACAUCAGGGCACCCUCUUCUUCCCCCUCCCCGAUGGGACUGGCUGGCUGUAUAUGCUGCAUGGGGUUUCUGAACUCCCCAAAGCCGUGGCCAACAUCUUCCGUGAAGUACCAUGUAAGACACCCUACGUUGAACUCCUGCCAAUCAGCAACUGGCUUAACAAGCCCCAGAGAUUCCGGGUCAUUGUGGAAAUGAUAAAACCAGAGAAGCCAGACCUAAGCGUCACCUUAAAAGGCCUUGACUACAUUGAUGUACUGUCUGGCUCCAAGAAAGACUAUAAGCUGAACUUCUUUUCCCACAAGGAGGGACUAUACAGUGCAAAGGUGAUCUUCCGAAAUGAAGUGACCAAUGAGUUCUUAUACUACAUGGUGAGUUUCAGGGUCAUCCCUUCAGGCAUCAUCAAAACCAUCGAGAUGACGAGCCCCGUCCGGCAGAGCACAUCAGCCUCCAUCAGGGUGGAGAACCCCCUGCCCUAUUUGGUGACCUUCUCCAUGGAAUGCAGGGUGCCUGACAUCAGCCUGCCCUCCCAGUUUGUGGUGCCUGCCAACUCUGAGGGCACAUUCUCAUUUGAAUUCCAGCCCCUGAGAGCUGGAGAAACCUUUGGGAGACUAAUGCUGCACAACAGUGAUUUGGGUUACUACCUGUAUGAGCUCAAUUUGAAGGCCACGCCAGCACUGCCUGAAAAGCCCAUCCACUUCCAGGCCAUUCUUGGCAGUGGUCAGAGCAUCUUUGCCAAGUUCACCAAUUACACCCGGCAGAAGACAGAAUACUACUGCAGGACCGACUGUCAAGACUUCCACACGGAAAAGAUCAUUAACGCAGCCCCAGGGGCUCAAGGAGGCACAGAAGUCAGUGUGGAGGUCUAUUUUGAGCCCAGCCACCUGGGCGAGACCAAGGGCAUCCUGACGCUGUCAUCGAUUACAGGCGGGGAGUAUAUCAUCCCCCUCUUUGGAGUGGCUCUGCCUCCGAAGCCCCAAGGUCCCUUCCUGAUCCGGGCAGGGUACAACAUAGUCAUCCCCUUCAAGAACAUUUUCUAUCAUCCAGUCACCUUCUCCUUCACUGUGGAGAACCCAGCCUUCUCUGUUCGUGCUGUAGACUCCGUGCGGCCCAAGAAGAUCAACAAUAUCACCGUCUCCUUUGAAGGAAACCCAUCAGGCAGCAAAACGCCCAUCACCAGCAAGCUGAUUGUGUCUUGUCCUCCCAGUGAAGGCAAUGAAGCAGGUGUUAAAUGGGUUUAUUACCUGAAGGGAAUCACCCCUUAGUGGUAACUAAGGUCAGCUACAUCAAUGGAAAGCCAUCUCUUCAACCUUAGAAUCUAUGUAUUAUUCUACCCUGGCAAAGAACAGAGAAAAUAGUCAGAAUUCUACAGCUACUGUUUUAUCUCCUCCUUCAAUUAUUGGGGCACUUAUUUCCAUAUUAUAUGCAUUCCAAAUAUAUAUAUAUAUGAAAUAUACAUAUAUUCCAUAUUACACAUGGUAACUACAAAAAAAAAAAAAAA